UGACUGGGGGGGGGAGGAAAGAAAAAUCGGAAUUGGCCUAUCGGCAACCUCAACACACAGAGAUAUACACCCUUUUGUAAGAAGAUUAAAAAGACUGGGGGGGGAUAUAUAAAAAUAAAUAAUCAAAGCGGCUGAGGUUAGAUGCAGCCAGCGCGGGGUGCUGUGUGGAUCAGAGAGGUGUUUGCGGUCGGAUCUGCGCGUAGCUUCAGAGGAGACACCGGACGAGGAAGAGGAGGAAAAAGGGAAAGGACAAUGGUGUUUUAUAUCGGCUUUGAAAAAUGAGUCUUCAGUCAUAGGGGAUGCCGCAUAGAUCUGAUCAUAAUCAGCGGUAGUGUUUUCGAUUAUCUUUAUUUCGGAUUCAGCCCUCGUACAGGCUCAUCCCGCCGGCAUCUCAGGGAUACAUCACAGCUUACUGUACUCUGUCUUAUUUUAUUAUAGGAGCCUACUUUUGAUGCAGGCCGCUCUUAAUUAUACAGAUUUUUACAUGUGUUAUUUCUGCAGCUGGGUCAUGCUGAUGCCUUCGACUGAAUAUUAAAUGGUUCCCUGGAUGUGAUCGUCUUAUGUUGUAUUUGGCCGCCGCAUGAAUUCUCCCACCGGAUCCUCGUCGGUGUACGCUGCUGCUGCUGUCCUCCUCCUCCUCCUCCUCCUGCUCAGACGGCCGAUUCUCGCAGAGGGCACUACCCUCCUCCCUGCCUCUAAAGACAUUUUGAUCGUCCUCCCCGGUUCCCCCCACCCGGACUCCUCGACCAUCACUCCGCCUGCCUCCUCUUCCACCACCGCCACCUCCACCACCGCCACCUCCUCCUCAGUAACAUGUCGGGACAGUCUUUGACGGACCGGAUCGCCGCCGCGCAGCACAGCAUGACCGGGUCUGCCAUCAGCAAAGCCGUCUGCAAGGCCACGACGCAUGAAGUCAGCGGACCCAAGAAGAAGCACCUUGACUACCUGAUCCACUGCACCAAUGAGCUGAACGUCAGCAUCCCUCACCUGGCAGACACACUGCUGGAGCGCACAGCCAGCAACAGCUGGAUAGUGGUUUUCAAAGCGCUCAUCACCACACACCACCUCAUGAUGUACGGCAACGAGAGAUUGAUGCAGUACCUUGCCUCCAGAAACACGCUCUUCAACCUCAACAACUUUCUAGAUAAAGCUGCACUACAAGGGUAUAACAUGUCAACUUUCAUCAGACGCUACAGCCGCUACCUGAAUGAAAAAGCCAUGUCUUACAGACUAGCAGCAGUGGACUUCACCAAGAUGAAGAGAGGGGCUGACGGCGUGAUGCGCACCAUGAACACAGAGAAGUUGAUUAAGACUCUGCCCAUCAUUCAGAACCAGCUGGAUGCACUGCUGGAUUUCCAGCCCAACUCCAACGAGCUGACUAACGGAGUGAUCAACACAGCUUUCAUGUUGCUGUUUAAAGACUCCAUACGGUUGUUUGCGGCAUACAACGAAGGGGUCAUCAACAUGCUGGAAAAAUACUUUGACAUGAAGAAGAACCAGUGCAAAGAAGCUCUGGAGCUCUACAAGACGUUCCUCAACAGGAUGACCAAACUGUCCGAGUUUCUCAAAGUGGCAGAGCGAGUUGGGAUAGAUCAGGGCGACAGCCCCGAUCUCACACAGGCUCCUAGCUCUCUCCUGGAGGCUCUGGAGCAGCAUCUAGCCUCUCUGGAGGGCAGGAAGCUUAAGGACCUCUCCACUGCCAGCAGAUCCAGCACCUUGUCCAGUGCAGUGUCCUCUCUGUCCAGCACUGGGAUCUCUCUCAGCCGUAUGGAAGACAAGACAGAAGACAACAGACUGCAGCAACACAAGGAGGACGGUCAUAAAGUGAUCGACAUUCAGACACCCAAUGUGUCACCCAGCACCCAAUCAGUGGGCAGUGCCAACAGCAGCGGAGGGGCCACGGAUCUCUUCUCCAACUCACCAAUCGUACCCGUCAGCAACCAUGUGCCAAACCUGACCAGUGAGCUGUUCACCCUGCAGCCUAACUUCACCCCCAUCCAGACCACACACACUGUGCCCAACAAUAACAAUGCCUGGGGAGGUGACCUGCUAAAGCCAGCCCCACCCGCUCAAAUUCACAGUCCCGGAGUCCCAUUGCAUUCUGGGAAAAUGCUGCCCAACGAUUUGGACUCUUCAUUAGCCAACCUCGUUGGUAACCUGCAGUUUGGGGGGACGCCAGCUAAAAAGCCAGAGCUCCAGUGGAGUCAGCUGGUAGAGAAGAAGCCAACAGGAGGGGGCGGCUGGCAGUCAAAGACCAUGUGCACCAGCACCAACUGGACUCACACCACCCAUCCCAUGGCACCUGCACCCAUGCCUGUCCCUCAGAUGAAUGGGAUGAUCUAUACUGGCUAUGCUCCCGCACCAGUGGCUUUUCCUAUGACGACACCCCAAGUGCCUGUGUAUGGAAUGCUCCCUCCUCAGAUGAGUCAUCAGAUGGGGGGCGUUCCCAUGAUGCCCCCACAGCCUGUCAUGUACAACCAGCCUGUCCUGAGACCCACCAAUCCCUUUGGACCCAUCCCGGGGACACAGAUGCACUUCAUGUAGGGAUGAUGUUGUAACCAUGGCAGCAAAGCCGUGAGAGAGAAGGCGAGAGGAAAGAGAUGGAGAGAGAGAAAGAGUCGAAGAAAACAAAUCCAGAACCAAAUCCAGUGCCGGAGGAAGAAAGAGGAAGACAGAGAGGAAAAAGGGAGGGGAGAGGAAAGAGGGGAGAGGACCAGAGGACGGAUGAAAGAUGAAAUGCUGAUGUCUGUUUCCAUGUCGCCUCACCCUCUAAUCUCCUCUCCUCUCUCCAUGUGGCUACUGAUCUCUCUGUCUUUGAAUGGAGCACCAGAGGCUCUGCAUCAACCCCACUCAUCCUCUGUUUGAUUCGCCAAUUCAAACGGCGAUUAUGACCUGUGAUGACAGCUCUGAGGAAGUGCAGAAGCUCUACUGCCACUUCCCAACCUCCUCAUCCUGAUAAUUUCCUGUAUAAAAACUUGCCCACUUCAAACUCGGAGGACACGCGUCUCUUUCUCUGAUUGGAUUGUUUGCUGGCACUUUACUCAAUGUGAACUUUGCCAAGGGUGUAUGUCUGUGUAGGUGAUUUUAGCGUCUUAUUCAGACUGGUUCCUGGUUUGCGUGUCAUCCAUCACCUGAUGUCAGAAGUGUGUGAAUGCGUGUGUCCCUUUUUCUACAUUUCAGUGUGCUGCAUCGACAUUAUCGUUUGAGUCUUUUUAUGAGCUCCAUUUGUUCUUAAUUGCCAACUUCACAUCAAAAAUCCGGCGUGGAACGAUAAUUUGCAGGUGUGUGCGUGUGUGUGUGUGUGCGUGUGCGUGUGUGUGGAUGGACGUGGCUGUGUAGGGUGUGUACUUUACUUUACGUGUUUCUCUUUUGGUACCUGAUGUCAUUACUGUGUUGCCAGGUACCAAUGUGUUACUGCACUGGAACUAACUGAUGAAAGCACUGAGCCAGACCCAGGCAUCGCAUUUGGAUGUAAACAAACCUCGUACACUAACUUUGCUAUUUGGGGUCGUGCUGUACACACUGUGUAUUUUGUUCCUUUUUGUUUUCCUCCUCUACAGCUGUGCAAUAUCAUGCAAUCUCGUUACUGUCUUUUCCACCCAUCUGUAGGCUGUUUAGAAAGCUGUUUGUAGUGUUGUCGUGUGUCCACAUCAGGUUUCUGUACAGAAUGCUGUUUUAUUGUUUUCUAAUCUCUUCUGUUAUACCCGUACUGCUCUAAAAAGUAGUGAAAAAUGCACUGAGAGCCAGAUAGAGAGGCAAGUGGAUAUUAGCAAGGACGUGAUUCUCAGUUUUGCCAAUCAGAAAUGGUCUAACUCCCAACUGUGUGAUUUCCUCCCUGCCCUGAGCAUUAGUCCUGUCCGACACGAGCCCCCUGUGAAGUCCUUUGCACUCCAGAAAAACUGGAUGAAGGUAAUUACCGCGGCAGAUGUCUCACCUCGACUUAGAGGAGUUAAAGGCACUGCUACCACAGAAAGGGGUUCGCUAAUGUAGUGCUAACAUUUACGGACAGGACAGCUAAAGGUCAGCUGGAGGAGUCAAAUGAGGACCAGACCGUCGUAAAGCGACUGAGGGUAAUGUCUGUUGAUCAUGACCCUAGUAAUGCCUGCAGUGACGACAUGCAGAUUAAUUCAGACAGCCAGAGAUGGGGGGCUUUAAUGAGACGUUAAAUGUUAAUGUGGCUUUUCUGGCAGAUCCAAGGUCAAGCUACAGACAGACGAUAUAUAUAUAUAAAUAUAUAUAGCACAAACCUUCGAAGAGGGGACAACGCUCUGCUGCACAAAACCUAAAAUCAUUGCUGGGAUGUACAGUUGAAAGGGGCAAUAAUUGAUUGGGGAUGAAGUCGUUUUCUAUUGAUUGUGUCUGUUCUAUGUACAUGUACUGUAUGUGUGUUUGUGUGCACAUGCCUUCCCAUAGAGAUAAACAGGGUCAUGUUCCUCAGUUAGAGAUGAAAGGUCUCUAGUGAGCUGGUAGCGUGUACUAACUUAGCAGUUGAGUGUUAUUGUGACCGUGUCUCAGUCUGUACAACCCAACAUCAAAAUUAAGGUGGCUCCAAGGAUAACUCAUCUGCUGAAAAACGCAAAAACAGGAAAAAAAGCCCCAAAGUCAUCGGACCUGGAAUCUCCAAGUGAAUCCGAGGCGAACCUCUCCAGACAGCUGGAGCUGCACACGCUCAUGAUUCCUCAGAAAAUCAUCAGAGAAUUGCGACUGUAUGGUGGCGAUAUGAUUCAACCUUGAACUGUAACUGCUGGCUACGCAAAAACCCAAUCUCCCCCCGCAGCUACGACUCUACUACCAGCAGAGACUUCAGUGUUAGAAACCGUCACCAAGCAGGCAGAUAUUCUCUGAGGUUUCUCAACAAGAGGCCAGCUGACAUUUGGAUUAUCUCCUUUGGAAAAAUUGUUGUUUCACUCUCCAUUACUCCUCGUCCCGGUGGUUUGUCUUUCUCCGUCAGCUGAAUGCUCUUUUCAUUGUGCGCUUCACUCCCACGACGCAGCUCAAUCCAUCCUGGGCCAACCUCUGACUGUUACUGUGUCCUCUGUAUAUAGGUAAUGCCGUUCAUGUGUUUUUAGACGUGCUCUCUCUGUAAAGUGAUCGAAGCCCCAUUGGAUGACGUACUGUACGUGGGACAAUUUAUUGCUGUAUCUGUGUUUGAAUGGUUGUAUUUUGAAGGUGUCAUC